AUGGAGGAUAACAAAACUACAACAACUCCCCUACCUUUGCAUUUGAAGCUUGUGAAGAAUGAUGGAAAAAGGAAGGCAGAUGGAAGAAGUUAUAGAAGUCUAGUUGGAAGCUUAAUGUACCUAACGGCAACAAUGCCGGAUGUAAUUUUUUCCAUUAACCUUUUGUCUAGAUUUAUGCAGGAACCAAGUGAAGAACCUUUCGCAGCAGCAAAAAGUGUUUUGAGAUACCUGAAGAUGAAGAAUGCUGUGGCAAACGUGGAGAUGAAGUUCUCUGAAACAGAUCAGAGAACUGAUCGCUGCGGCAAAAGGAAGUCUGUCGUGGCAACAGCAGCUCGCUGUGGUGAGAGAAAAAUGCUUAUGACAAACAUCGAGCCAGUUGUCACUUCAGGUAUGCUUCAGCCAGCAGUGCCUUGCCAACAUCUUGCUACUUCUCAAAUGUCUCAGCAAUCUGCUCAGAUUGACCGGAAAAAUUCACUGUCACCUCUUUCCAACGCUGAGAUGCCACAGCAUUCUGCCAGUUCAUCAUCAAUAACAGGUUCUCCUUCUACUCCCUUAAUUCCAUUCUCAAAAGCCCCAGAGCAUGGGAAGCACACAUCUGUUGUCUCACCACUAUCAAAUCCAAAAAAGGGACACCCUAAAACAAGUUUUUUGUCAACCCAGGUUAUUGAUGACUAUUAG